GCUUGUGUAGAGAUGUAAUAUUUGUUGGCCUGACCUUUUACGUUUGAAUUCUUUUGUGUUCUUUUCAGUCUGUCCCUUUAUGGCUUCGAUCUGGGCUUCGAGACCACCCUGAUGGACGACAUCUUUAACGGACCGGAGUGGACCAGAUUCCUCGCCUCCAACGCCGCCGACCCACAGGCCACGCCAACCACGGACACAGAUGGACCCAGCACUUACCACCUUGCCGAAGACAAGCCGUGUGAAACAGUUCACGUACAGACUGCUGCAGAAGUGAUAAACUUCGAAGCUAUGCUUACGCUUACCGACAGUGACGCUGCUUCAGGCACGGGUGGAGAAAUGACUGGUGUUGCCCAAACAGUCUGCGAUGAGAUCCGCGAGGAGAACGACAACCAACUGAGCAGCUCAGUGGAUGUCAGCAGUGUGCAGCUAGAGGAAAUCAGAUCAGAGUCAGACGAUCAGAACACUGAUACCAACCCGGACCCUAACGAAUCUCAGAGCACCACAGAGAGCCUAGAGCAGCCCAACAUGCAGGACAUAUGUCCAAAUCAAUCAGAUGAUGUAUCAGAGACUGCAUCAGAGUCAAACAUGGGUGAUGAUGACAUGGAUCAAAACCAAACAGAUCCAGAUCUCAGCCAAGCAAACACAAAUAAUGCAAACCCUCACCCAUCAGAGAUCACUGCCUCAAAUCCUGAAGAACCCGCCACAGAAGGGGAGGUAAACCCUUACGAAGAAGUGAUGAUGGCUACGCCUGACACACUGCAUCAAGGUGCCACCGCUGACAUGCUGAACCCUUACCUGGAAAUAGACACAGGAGGAGGCGAUUCGUCCGAGACAGAGGAUGACAGCCCGUACCUGUCGUCUCACACAGGGGUCGCUGGGAGUUUAAGUCUUGGUGAAGUUGAAGAAAGUGCUCCACUGAUUCUUCCUCUUGUGGAUUCCUCUGAUGUGAAGGCUGAAGAAGAGGAUGAGAGCUCUGCACAUGAAAUGCAGAGGAGGAGGCUGAAUUCGGAGGAGAGAGAGACAUUCAUAGACGAAGAAGAUGAUGAUGAUGACAGCGUCGCCCCUGACUCGCUGUCCUGGCGUAAAAUUCCACUGUCUCCCCCUCCUUUCCCCCCUCCUCUCCCCCCACAGCGCUCCGUGUCUGUGGAUUCUGUGGACUCCUCCUCGUCAUACCUGGAGAUCGUCCCAAAAAAGCGGAGGUUGGACAGUGCUCCACGCCGCGUCAGAUUUGCUGAGGAAGUGGUGAUGAUGCCACAGUAUAUACAGCCGGAGGUGGAGGACUGGCCGGAGAGAGAUGGGGUUGAGGAGGAGGACGAUGAGGAUGAUGAUGAUGAUGAGGACAUGGAGGAGGAAGACCCUGGGGACAUGGAGGCGGAGCUGAUGACGGUACUUCCUCAGGAGGAGAUGAGAUCUGCAGACGAGGCCGUGGAGAUCCCCAGGGAGGGCCAGCAGACGUCCCUCUACUCUUGGAUUAGGGGAAUAACAAAGAAGACAAAACGGAAGAGCUCAAAUAUGGAACACUGAUUCAGGCUUUUGGGGAGCCUCCUUUUAUCCUCCUCUUCAUUGCUCAGCAAAAUGUUAUUUUAUUGUUGUUAAUGUUGUAGAAUAUAUGCAAGACUGUCUUCAGAUUGCAGGUGGUUGUGAAAUAUGUGUGCCAAAAACAGAGUAUCUUGCCGUAUAAUUGUAUUUUAUUUCUCUUUUAUUUGACUAGGGUAGUCAUAUUGAGGCGACUGCCUCGUUUGCAAGUGAGCCCUAGCCAAGAAGGCAAUAAAUCUUCUGUCUCAUUGCAUGGCACAUUACUGCAUGAUUAAACUGCAAUGUGUGUUAUCUAUCCGUUUGAAUCAAUGGCUGUUUUAUUUACUUCAAAUUC